GUACUGUCUUUUGGCCUCCCGUAUGGACCUCCUCAGGUCAUAUCUGGCCUUUUUGUAGUCCUCAGCGGUGCCCAUGACAAAUGCAGUCGAACGAGCACGUAGCUUAGCCCUUACAUCACAGUUCAUCCACUGUUUUUGGUUAGGGUAUUUUCUGUAAUACUUGGUGGUGGUAACAGUCUCUAUACAUGUGCUAAUGUAGCCAGUAACAGCAGAAGCAUAUUCAUCCAAAUCAACAGUACAAUCUUCCCUCCCCGCUGCAGAUCUAAACACAUCCCAGUUUGUGCAGCCAAAGCAGUCCUGAAGUACUUGAUCAGUUUCUUCAUUCCACACUUUAACUGCUGUACGUACAGGGGGAGCUUUUUUAAGAAGUUGUCUGUAUGUUGGAUAAAGGAAUAUAGAGAUGUGGUCAGCCUUUCCAAAGUGGGGUCUUGGAACAGCCUUCAAAGCACCUUUCAUGUUGCAGUAGACUUGGUCCAGGAUGUUAUUUUCCCUUGUGGGAAAGCUCACAUGCUGGUAAUAUUUGGGGAGGACAGUCCUGAGGUUACAGUGGUUGAAAUCGCCAGAUAUAAUGAAUACAGCGUCUGGGUGUUUGGUCUCGUGUUUAUCAAUGAUGUCAUGCAGGAGGCCUAGUGCAUUAGCAGUGUUAGUUCGUGGUGGGAUGUAAACAGCAGUUAAAUACACAGCGCUAAACUCACGAGGCAAAUAAAAAGGUCUGCAUUUCACCAUCAGCAGCUCAAUGUCUUGCGAGCAGUGCUUUUCCAUCGUCUGUACGUCUGUGCACCACCUCUGUGUUUACCAGACGCUAAAGUCCGAUCUCCCCGGUAAGCAGCAAAUGAUUCCAACUGGAUCGCCGAGUCCGGUAUAUCCUCCGUCAGCCAGGUUUCUGUGAAGGUGAGGACACAGCAUUCCCUGAUCUCACGUUGAGCUGUAAUCCUUGCUCGUAGUUCGUCCAUCUUGUUUUCAAGAGAGCGGACGUUGGCUAGCAGCAGGCUUGGUAGCGGUGGCCUCGUCGCUCUAGCUUUUAGCCUAGCAUGCAGGCCGGCUCGCUUGCCUCGUUUACGCCUCGGAUGCUUUGCUCGCCGGGUAUUCAGCUCACCAGGUCCGCAGGCUGCUGCGUUCUCCCGGCGCAGAAGAAAGGCAAAGUCUGAGAGGCUAAAUGAAAGUUCAUGGUGAACCCUGCCGAUGUUCAAAAGUGUCUCUCUGUUGUAAUGUACUGCGUGAGUGUGUUGAAUGUCCAAAAUGAACAAUAAAAUAGCAAAAAAUAGAAAAACACGGGAGAGUGUCACAGAGACGUCUGCCACGGAGGGCGCCAUCUUUCAUACCUAUGGACAAUUUAGAGUUGCCAAUUAACCUAACAUGCAUGUUUUUGGAAUGUGGGAGGAAACGGGAGUACCCGGAGAAAACCCACGCACGCACGGGGAGAACAUGAAAACUGCACACAGAAAUGCCUAAUGGAGAAUCUAACCCAGGUCUUCCCGAUCUCCAGACUGUUACUGUGUUGGCCAACAUGCUAACCACUAGACCACCGUGCAGCCCUGAAUGUAAAAUGAUGAUGCAAAAGACACUGCAGCCCAAGUCAAGGCAACAUAUUGAAAAGGUUUCACCAAUGGGCACAUUUUUAAUUAUAGUUUAAGAAGCCAACGUGUAGAAAACACUGAUUUCUGUAGUAGAGUUCAUGACACCAAGCAAAGCCAGUCAACAAUACACUUUUUUUUCUAAAUAGCUAGCCGCUACAAGUGAACAGAUAACUUCAGUUAUAGACAUAGACAUCUUAGCGCAGAGUUAGUUCAUCCAUAAUCACAAUCAUAAGGAUGAAAGUUGCAUCUUCGUGUUAGCUUGAAACGCUGCGGGAAAGCGAGUGCCAAUCAGGAGGGGAGCUUAAUGUCAGCUGACUGAUGUCACAUGACAACUACAAAGUGACGUUUACGCCACUGACCCAAACUACCUUGGUGAUCUACUGGUAGCUUGCCAUCAACGUAAUGGCCCCCCCCUGCUCUAGAGUCUGGAGAAGUUCAUGUGGGCUGUGCUGACAAACUCUGAUUGGUUGAAUACAGUUGUAUCAUUUCACCAUUACUUGGCCGCCAUGUCUAAGCCAGCGUGCAAUUGUUUGUUUAUUUUUACAAACUUCAUGUAGAUGUACAAAGCUACAAGAACUUGGGGGGCGGCGUGGCUCAGGUGGUAGAGUGGUCGUUUCCCAACCCGAGGGUUGCGGAUUCAAUCCUACGUCGCCCCCUUGAUCUUAGGCGUGAUCUGAGUGCCUUGGACGUGGAAAAGCGCGAUACAAGUGAAAGAUCAUUUACUCUUUGGUUUGUAUUUAUAAAGGUGGCGACUCGAAACAAGGGCAUCUGUGGAAGAACCGCCAACACACUGGUGGGCACACGGCCAAACAAAUUGGUGAAACAAAACUUAAGUAAGAUUAGAAGAAGAUGAAGAACAGUGGCAGGAGGUCCAACCAUCGCACUACUGUACCAAAACCCAUAUGACCUCAGGCCUGUACUACGACGCAAGUUUACUUAUCCAGGAUCUCGUCUUUUUUUUGAGGAUUAGCCAAGUCAUUUAUUGAGGAUGUGGGAUAAGUGGUACUACGAAGCCGGAUACCAAUUUCAUUAGUCCAUUCCAUUUAGGGCAAUUAAAUGGCAUUCAAUGUGAAAAUGAUGGUGAUGAAACGCUGGUUGUGCACGUACGUGCAGGUCAGCAUGGACGUGAAGCAUUGUGCAGUCAAGUUGUCGGUGCAUCCAUGCAGAGGACUGGUGGAUGAGAAGUUUGUCGUCGUGGUCCAGAAUGUGCCCCCUGGUAUCCAACUCACCGUCCACGCCUUCCACCGCUGUGAGGACGGACACGGCUGGGAGGCGUUCGCUCACUACGUGUCUGACGCCAGCGGCUCUGUUAAUGUGUCCCGAGAUGCCAGCCUGGGGGGUACGUACUCCGGGGUGGAGCAGAUGGGUCUCCUGUGGAGCCUCAGACCAGUUCCAGGCAGCAAACCUGGACUCAGGAUGAGGAAGAUGAAUGUGCAGACCCCCAUGGAGUUCACCAUCUCGGUGCAUCAGGGUUUCCGCAGUGAGGGCUUCCUGGACCAGGUGCCGCUGGCCUCUCAGGUGGUGGAGCGCUGGUACAUGGCGCCCGGCGUCCGCAGGAUCCCCAUCACUCAGGACGACCUUUCUGCCACCCUCUUCCUGCCCUCAGGACCCGGACCUUUCCCCGCCAUCCUGGACCUGUGGGGGGGUUCAGGCCAACUUGUGGAGUAUCGGGCUGCGCUCCUCGCCUCCCACGGCUUCGCCUCACUGGCUCUUGACUACCUGACCCCUAAAAUCACCCAGGAGACGGGAAAGAUGGUGGACGACUCGUACUUUGAGAAGGCCUUCGGGUUCCUGCAGCAGUACCCGCAGGUGCUCACCGGCCGCAUCGCCAUGUUGGGCCUCUCCUUCGGCUGCAGUGUCACGCUCAGGAUUGCGGCUUACUCGCUCGUUGUAAAGCCCACGUGUGCAGUGUGCAUCAGUGGAAGUCACGUGCAGCCAAUCGGAGCCAAGCAGGAGGACAUAUUUGCUUUCUAUGAUCAGUACUCAGACAAGAUUCAGGUCAACGAGAAGAACCAGGCUGUCAUGAAAAUGAUGCUGCUGCCCAUCACCAGCGACCCCACCCUCAAAGUGGACGUGGGACGUGUGCAGUGUCCUCUGUUGCUGGUGGUGGGCGAGGACGAUCAGAACUGGCCCGUCCUCGAGUCUGCGCAAGACAUGAAGGAGAUGAUGGAGCGGGCGGGGAACAGCCACCUGCUGACCAUCCUUUCUUACCCCGACGCCGGUCACCUGAUUGAGCCUCCGUAUGCGCCGCACACUCAAGUCAGCUCCUUCCGUUCCAUCGGCACCCGGCACAAGGGUAAGUUGUCGAUGAUGCCACGACACCAAUUUAGGAAACCAUUCAUUUUCUCCACUGUGGCGUUCAGAGAAUGGGGUCCCGUGAAAACAUUUACACAGGUGGUCAGUGGGUUACACCAAAAAUACAAAUCAGAUUUUCUCCUACGACUGCUACUACUAUUUCUACUAAAAAAUACAAAUCCGGUUUUUACUACUCCUCUCUGAGCUAACACGCGAUCCUGGGGGAGGACUUUGCGUGUCCCAAUGAUUCCAGGGGCUAAGCUAUCAGAGGCUCCAAAUCAAGGGACCAGACAAAGCGUAGCUCAAACAGACCCAGAUGACGAGCAACAUACAUGGACCUAUUUUUCCCUCACCCAGACACAGGUCACUGGGGCCCCCCUGCUCUGGACCAGCCCUGGAGGUGGAGCAGGAUGGCCUGCACCCAUGGGGUCUCUCGCCGACGCACGGCAAGGUCUCCAGGAGCCAGUUCUUUCAAGAGGGGCUGGACUUUAUUCCACUCUGGUGUUGCGUGGGAGUUUAAGCCGGUGAACGAGAGUUCUGCCUUUGCGGGGAGGGCUGACUGUUGUUUGCACUUAUGUGCCAAACAGAAUACCCGCUCUUUUUGGAAGUCAGGACCAGCCCCCCCCCAGCAGGGGGGAGGAACGGCCCCCGUGAUCUGAACCCGAGCGGUGCUUGUGAUUGGACUUUUGUGCCUGUCACAGAUUGUCUAUAACACACAUCAUGUUCACGCAUAAAGGUGUCCACAUGUGCCACAGUUCGAUGAUCACAUUCGUGGCUGUAUGUUUUGGACACUCGGGUGAAGAGAGGGGCGGAGCUGUCAACCGAUCACCACCUGGUGGCGACCUGGCAGGCCCAAACGUACUGUGAAUGUCUCCUGGGAACAUCUGGCAGGGUCCCUCAUCAGAAGGAGUUUGAACUCCCACCUCUGGCAGCACUUCGACCAUGAGGGAGGCGCCACUGAGGCAGAGUGGGCCACGUUCCGUGCCUCCAUUGUAGAGGCGGCUGAUCGGAGCUGUGGCCUGUCGGUGCCUGUCGCGGAGGUAAUCCCAGAACCUGUUGGUGGACUUCACCGUCAAGCUGGCCCAUGGGACUCUGCAGGCAGUUGACAGGUGCCGGCAGGCCAAGUGGUCUGAUGCAAAGACAAAGACUUGGACGUGGGAGGAGUUCUGAGAAACCACGGACAACGACUUUGUCUGUUGUUGGUCCAUUGUGGCGAAGAGGGAGUUUAGCCAAAAGGCGCAGAUCUCAUUUUACCAGUUAAUCUGCAUUCCUGCCCUCGCCUACGGCCAUGAGCUUUGGGUGGUGACCAAAAGGACACGAUUGCUUGUGUGUGAAAGUCGUGUGGUCAUGACGUGUGUUUGCAGUCACAGCUCUGUGGGGAGGACGAUCCGUGGCCCAUGCGUACGCUCAGGAAGACUCCUGGAAGAAGAUGCUGGCCUUCUUCCGCCACAAUCUGUACGCCGCCCCCUAACCCCCUGUGACCCGACUCACAGCAAAGGUGGGAUCAGCAGG